AUGGUCUCGAGGCUAUUCACUCUAUCAGCCCUGUUGGGCCUUUCUAUUGGAGCCGCGAUUCCAAACAACAACGGGUUUCCCACACCCAAUGACCAAGAAAAGCUCCAGAUAGCGCAAGAAGCAGGAGGCCUACUCCCUGGUAGUCCGCCCCCUGAUUCACUUGGUGCCGGCAGCAUCACUGCAUUCCAGCUCAUCGCCUUCAACGAACUCUUCGAGACGGCGUACUUCAGCUCAUUGCUCCAUAACAUCACUUCUGGGGUUCCCGGAUACCAGGCCGAGAAUACAAACGAGUUGGUCAAGAUAUUCUCGACCGUGUUGGCUCAAGAGGAACAGCAUGCCCUUGCGGCGGUGUCUACACUCAAGGCCGUCAACGCCUUUGCACCGUCUGCUUGCCAGUAUCAAUUCCCCGUGUCGAACCUAAAGGAUGCGGUAAAUCUAGCCGAGACAUUUACGGCGGUUGUUCUGGGCGCACUUCAGGGGGCAAACGUCAUAUUCAGCCAGGACAAGCAGGCAGGCGCCGUCCAAAUUAUUUCUUCCGUCAUCGGUCAAGAGGGCGAGCAAAACGGCUAUUACAGAGUGUUUCUGGAUAAAGUGCCCUCUGAAUCUCCCUUCCUAACGACGGUCCCAGCCCCCUUUGCAUGA